UAGUUUCUUUACGCAGGGACUCAGCGGUUCAAAACGGCGUUGCUUCAAAAUAAAACUACAAUACCUCAAAGCCACCUUCGAAAGGCGGGGACAGGACUUGCAAGACUUGCCGGGAUUUUAAGGACAAGUGUGCAUGCUUGUGGUGUGUAGAAGAGCAAAGCUUCCUGCUGACCACCUGUCUGUGCAAACAGAGCGCUCAUCAUCAUCAUGUCCUCAGAGAGCAACUUGGAUGAUGAGGAUACCUUCAAGAUCUUGAUUGCUACAGAUAUUCACCUCGGCUACCUUGAGAAGGAUGCCAUCCGUGGAGGUGACUCUUAUAACACACUCGAUGAGAUCCUGAAAUGUGCCAAGACAAACCAGGUAGAUUUCAUCCUGCUGGGUGGUGAUUUGUUUCAUGAAAACAAGCCGACACGCCGAUGCCUUCACAACUGCAUCACGAUGCUGAGACGAUACUGCAUGGGGGACACACCCAUCCACUUUAACGUUGUCAGUGACCAGACUGUCAACUUCAACACCACCCAGUUCCCCUGGGUGAACUAUCAGGAUGAAAACUUGAACAUCUCGAUUCCUGUGUUCAGUAUUCAUGGUAAUCAUGACGACCCAACUGGGGCUGAAGGUUUGUGUGCGUUGGAUCUGCUCAGUGCCUCUGGUCUUGUCAAUCACUUUGGUCACUCACACUCAGUGGAGAGGAUUGAAAUGAGUCCUGUCCUCAUGCAGAAAGGCAGCACAAAGCUGGCCUUAUAUGGUCUUGGCUCUAUCCCAGAUGAGCGCUUGUACAGGAUGUUUGUCAACAACCAGGUGACUAUGCUUCGGCCCAAAGAAGAUCAAGAUGAUUGGUUUAACCUCUUCGCCAUCCACCAGAACAGGAGUAAACAUGGACCCACUAACUACAUUCCUGAGCAGUUCCUGGAUGAGUUUCUCGACUUGGUGGUGUGGGGUCACGAGCACGAAUGUUUGAUAACACCAACUAGAAACGAACAGCAGCUCUUCUAUGUGACACAGCCCGGCAGCUCUGUAGCCACCUCUCUGUCCCCUGGAGAGGCAACUAAGAAGCACAUAGGGCUCCUGAGGGUGAAAGGUCGUAAGAUGAACCUCCAGAAGAUCCCGUUAAAGACGGUGCGUCAGUUCUUCAUCCAGGAUGUGGUUCUGGCUGAUUAUCAGGACCUCUUCACGCCUGAAACACCCCAGGUCACAAAGAAAGUGGAGAACCUUUGCUAUGCAAAGGUCACAGAGAUGUUAGAAGAAGCUGAAAGAGAAAGACUUGGGUGUCCACUCACUCCAGAGAAACCUCUGAUUCGCCUGAGGGUGGACUACAGUGGGGGCUUUGAGGCGUUUAAUACUGCACGCUUCAGUCAGAAGUUUGUGGAACGUGUAGCCAACCCAAAAGACCUCAUUCAUUUUCUCAGACGGCGCGAGCAAAAGGAGGACAUUAAAGAUGAGGUCAAUGUUGACUACAGCAAAAUAUUGAAAACCACAGCAGUAGAGGGGCUGAGAGUGGAGGAUCUGGUUAAACAGUACUUUGAGGCAGCUGAACAGAAGGUGCAGCUGUCCCUUCUGACCGAGCAGGGCAUGGGCAAGGCCAUUCAGGAGUUUGUCGACAAAGACGAGAAAGAUGCCAUCGAAGAGCUGAUCACGUAUCAGUUAGAGAAGACACAGCGCCACCUCCAAGCCAGAGGAGUUACCACAGAGCAGGAUAUAGACACCGAGAUCAGAAAAUUCAGAGACUCCAAAAAGAACACGACUGAGGAAGAAAAUGAAAUCAAAGAAGCCAUCAACAGAGCCAAAGCUCACCGUUUGGAGCGUGGCGAUGAUCCUCUAGAUCAGGCAACAUUAGAUGACCUUGCUGAUGUUAAUAUGGACUCUGAUGAAGACUCAUUCUCGCCCCCUGCUCCUACACGAGGCAGAGGGAGAGGGAGCAGAGGGCGGGGGAGUCGGGGAAGGGGCAGAGGUGCAGCAGCUUCUGAACCAAAGCCAGCCAGUCGAGGUCGCUCCACAAAAUCCUCAGCACCAACACAAAGUAGAAGCAUUAUGCAAGCGUUUCAAGCUACAUCCCAGAGAUCAUCUCGGGCCAAAGUUUCCACAUCUUACAAAGAAGAGGAUCUGACCAUUGAAGACUCGGAUGAAGAUAUACCUGUGACGAAGACUACCAGACCCCCUGCGAGACCAGCAUCCUCAUCAUCGUCAUCCUUCACUAAGUACGGCUCUCAGAGCCAGAGCCAGUCAUCAAGAGGAGUUGCAUUUGAUGACAGUGAUGAUGAUGAUGACAAUCCAUUCAAAGGCCCAAGCCGUGGUUCCCGAAGAUAACCAGAAGAGCAUCCAAACAUCCAAACAAGGGAUUUGUUCUCCCUGUCUUCACAAUGGUUCAUGAAGUUGAUCAGCUGCUGUUGCUUCUGAUAAAACUGUCUAAUCAGUCUACUCUGGUGGAAGGGUUUGCUAAAUGCUAGAGUAAAGCUUGGUUGCGAUGGCUUUGAAACUAGACUUGCUUCUGGUGAGUGCAGCCACUUUAACCUACCAACAGGUGGCGCACAUGCUGCUGGGUUUGUCAUUGCCUGUUGUUGUUCACUGAUAUUCAGGAUAUAAUAAAUGUUUCUCUUAUACAAC